AUGCUUGCUCACUGGAAGAUUGAAAUUGCGAGGCUUGAAUUGCCUGAGGCCUCGCUCGAGCUCACCAUCGUUGAGGACGAAGGUUGCUCUCCUAUUGUGUUGGUACCUGAGCUUGAGGGCGUAGUGGAUCCGUCGCUAGGCGAACUUGAAGGCACUGACGCCGUUGAGCUGAUUUCGCUCUUUGUUGGCCCAGACGUUGACGACAUGACGGAAGAGCUCCCUGUGGAAUUGUAUACUGAGGUAGAGCUUCCUGUCGAGCCGACACUACUGAGCGACCGAUGCGUAGUCAAGUUGGUGAGCGCUGUAGAAGACCCCGAGUAUGUAGACAAAGACGAUGUAGUUGCGGCCGAGGUGGUAGCUGAUAUGACUUCACUUGAUAAAUUUCCUGAAGUCUGGUAUAAGCUGUUGCUGAAAGAAGAGACACUUGCCGAAGCAUUCACAGAUAGCGUGGGCGUCGUCAAAGUACUAGAUUCCGUAGGAUUGGUGCCGUUGGAUGAAUUCCCUCCUGUAAGGUUUGAACUGCUGCUUCCAGAAGCUACGCGCUGUGAUGAUAUCCUGGAUGAGCUCAAGGAUGGUUUUGGCGGCUUUGAGGUCCCGAUAAUCAAAGAAGACGUGUUAUGA